AUGUUGCCAACCUUCCUUGAGAGCUUCCCGAAUCUACACUCACUCGUGAUGGAAUUUGAUUGUUUUCCAGACAAAAAGCAGAUGGAUCUUUCAUCUGUGCAACGAUGUUUCAUAUCAUCUCUUGACUUUGUUCACCUCAAGACACCGUUUGUUGUAAACAGGCAAAAGGAAGGGAGACAUCAAGUAAGAGAAAAUUAA